AGGUUUCUGUGGAUCGCUUCUGAAGUUCUAUAUGAAAAUUGUGCUUAAGUGAAUUUUCUGUUAGAAGAACUUGGUUGCUACUGCCUUGUCAAGAUGAUUGCAACACCUUUGAAACAUUCAAGAAUUUACUUACCUCCAGAGACAUCUUCUCAAAGGAGAAAUCUACCCAUGGAUGCAAUCUUUUUUGACAGCAUUCCUUCAGGCACACUUACUCCUGUAAAAGAUCUGGUGAAAUAUCAGAACUCCUCUUUAAAAUCGAAUGACCGUAAAAAGAAUCAGUUCCUAAAAAUGACAACUUUGAACAAUAAAAAUAUAUUUCAAUCAACUAUGCUAACAGAGGCUACUACCUCUAACAGUUCUCUUGAUAUCAGUGCUAUAAAGCCCAACAAGGAUGGAUUAAAAAAUAAAGCAAACUAUGAAUCACCGGGAAAAAUAUUUCAAAGAAUGAAAGAAAAAGUACUGCGUGACAAGCAAGAACAGCCACCAAGAAACAGUAGUUUGUUGGAACCACAGAAAAGUGGAAAUAAUGAAACCUUCACUCCUAACAGAGUUGAAAAAAAAAAAUUGCAGCAUACCUACCUAUGUGAAGAAAAGGAAAACAACAAAUCAUUCCAGUCAGAUAACAGUUCACUAAGAGCCUCGGUCCAAGGAGUUCCUCUAGAAUCAUCAAAUAAUGAUAUUUUCCUCCCAGUCAAACAAAAGAUUCAGUGCCAGCAGGAAAAGAAAGCACCACUGCACAAUUUAACUUAUGAACUUCCAACUCGGAACCAAGAACAGGAAAAUUUUUUGACUACAGAAGCCCCAAGCAAGAGAUUAACUAGAGCUCAGUUGGCUAAACAAAUUCUUCACUCAAAGGAGAAUGUAGUUGCAACCACUGGGUCCAAAAAGGACACGUUUGUUUUAGAAGGCAUUGAUUCUGCUGAUGAACAAUUUCAAAAUACUAAUGCUGAGACUCUCAGUACUAAUUGUGUUCCUAUUAAAAAUGGCAGUCUGUUAAUGGUUUCUGAUAGUGAGAGGACAACAGAAGGGACUUCACAGCAGGAAGUUAAGGAAGGAAAUGACAAAACAGUGCCUGGGGAGACAGGUCUUCCAGGUUCCACAGAAGAUACCUGUAAAAUUGUACUUGCAACACCAAGACUUCAUAUAACAAUACCUCGGAGGUCAAAAAGAAAUGUUUCAAAGCUUUCUCCAAGAAUAUUUCAAACUGUUACAAAUGGAGUUAAGAAAAAUCAGGUAGUUCAGCUACAGGAAUGGAUGAUUAAAAGCAUCAAUAAUAAUACUGCUGUAUGUGUAGAAGGAAAAUUGAUAGAUAUCACUAACAUAUAUUGGCACAGUAAUGUGAUUAUAGAGCGGAUUGAGCACAACAAACUUAGGACUAUAUCAGGCAACAUUUAUAUAUUAAAAGGCAUGAUAGACCAAAUUUCCAUGAAAGAAGCAGGAUAUCCAAAUUACCUCAUAAGGAAAUUUAUGUUUGGAUUUCCAGAAAAUUGGAAAGAGCACAUUAAUAAUUUUCUGGAACAGUUAAGGGCUGGUGAAAAGAACAGGGAGAAGACGAAACGAAAACAGAAAAUUGGAAGAUCUGUUCGUGACAUAAGAAAAUCAAUGAAAAAUGAUGCACAAGAAAACCAAACAGAUACCGUUCAAAGAGCCACCACCACUUAUGAUUUUGAUUGUGAUCAAUUGGAACUGAAGAGUAAUAAGCACAGUGAGUCGCCAGGAGCUACAGAAUUAAACAUGUGCCACAGUAAUUGCCAAAAUAAACCAACAUUAAGGUUCCCAGAUGACCAAAUAAAUAAUACUAUUCAAAAUGGAGGAGGAGAUGACUUAUCUAAUCAGGAAUUAAUUGGAAAAAAAGAAUAUAAAAUGUCUUCAAAGAAACUAAAAAUUGGUGAAAGAACAAAUGAAAGGAUAAUAAAAAGUCAGAAGCAAGAGACAACUGAAGAAUUGGAUGUAUCCAUUGAUAUUCUAACCUCAAGGGAACAAUUUUUCUCAGAUGAAGAAAGAAAAUACAUGGCCAUCAAUCAGAAGAAAGCUUAUAUUUUAGUAACACCACUUAAAUCUAGAAAAGUGAUAGAGCAAAGAUGCAUGAGGUAUAAUCUGUCCUCUGGCACCAUUAAAGCAGUAACAGAUUUUGUAAUACCAGAGUGUCAAAAAGAAAGUCCCAUCAGCAAGUCCACGGAGACUUUAGAAAAUACAUUUGAAGGUCAUAAAAGUGAAAACAAGGAAGAUUGCAAUGAACGUGACUUACUUACUGUCAACCAGAAAAUAAAAAUACGUAACCUUGAAAAGGAACAAAUGCUCACCUCUGACAUUAAGAAAAAUACCAGACUAUUACCAAAAUUGAAGAAAAUAGAAAAUCAGGUAGCUAUGUCAUUUUAUAAGCAUCAGUCCUCACCAGAUUUGUCAAGUGAAGAAAGUGAAACAGAAAAGGCAAUUAAAAGGAAAGCUGAAGUUAAGAAAACCAAAGCAGGAAACACCAAAGAAGCAGUGGUUCACCUGAGAAAGAGCACAAGAAACACAAGUAAUAUUCCAGUGAUUUUGGAACCUGAAACUGAAGAAAGUGAAUAUGAAUUUUAUAUCAAACAAAAGAAAGCUAGACCUUCCGUCAAAGAAACUCUUCAGAAGUCUGGUGUUAGGAAAGAGUUUCCAAUUACUGAGGCAGUAGGCUCUGAUAAGACAAAUAGGCAUUCCUUAGAAUGUUUACCUGGUUUAAUUCAGGAUAAGGAAUGGAAUGAGAAGGAGUUACAGAAACUUCAUUGUGCUUUUGCAUCUCUUCCAAAGCACAAACCUGGUUUCUGGUCAGAUGUAGCUGCGGCUGUAGGUUCUCGAUCUGCUGAAGAAUGCCAGAGGAAAUAUAUGGAAAAUCCCAGAGGAAAAGGAUCCCAGAAACAUGUCACUAAGAAAAAGCCAGCCAAUUCCAAAGGCCAAAAUGGCAAGCGAGGUGAUGCUGAUCAGAAACAAACUAUUAAGAUAACUGCCAAAGUGGGAACUCUUAAAAGGAAGCAACAGAUGAGGGAAUUUCUGGAACAGUUGCCAAAAGAUGACCAUGAUGAUUUUUUCAGUACAACACCUUUACAGCAUCAAAGAAUACUGUUGCCAAGUUUCCAGGACAGUGAAGAUGAUGAUGAUAUUCUGCCAAAUAUGGACAAAAAUCCAACAACUCCAUCAUCAGUUAUCUUUCCAUUGGUAAAAACUCCUCAAUGUCAGCAUGUCAGUCCUGGCAUGCUAGCUUCUAUAAAUAGGAAUGAUUGUGAUAAAUAUGUUUUUCGUAUGCAAAAAUAUCAUAAAAGUAAUGGUGGUAUUGUCUGGGGCAACAUCAAGAAAAAAUUAGUUGAAACUGAUUUCUCAACUCCAACACCAAGAAGGAGAACCCCACUUAAGACAGAAUUAUUGAGCAGCAGACAUAAGAAGUCAGCUGCUUUCAGACAAGUUGAGAGUUGA